AUACGAGCGUAAGACUUUGUUUAAAUAAAAAGGAGUUACAGAAAAAACACCAAAUUUGAAUGAAAAAAACCGACAGAUUAAAACAAUUUGCAGGAUUUGAAUUAUUCCUGCUGAACACCAGUGAGGUUAUUCCCCUACCUUGUUAGAUCCCAGAGGAACGAGACACGGCAAUUUUAGAAUCUAGUGGGGAUCAGACAUCGAAUCUUGGUCGCGCUACGACUCGGUCCGAGAAACUAGUCACAAAUCCAUCCUGCGGCUAGGUAAAUAUUUCGUAAUACGGACAGUCGGACAACGGCAUAUUUUGUGGUGGGUGGCGUAUACAAAGUUGUGUGCGCGCUUCCGUACAGUUUUCCCCGUGUACGUUUUUCCAACGUUCCCAAAAACAGAUUUCGCAUAGUAGAGGCCGUAACCGCCGAGCCGCGUGUACAAUGGCUGUCCCCCUGGCCUGUACGAGGUUCUCUGACAAUUACGAUUUAAAAGAGGAACUGGGAAAGGGUGCCUUUUCAGUUGUGAGAAGAUGUGUUCAAAAAUCUACAGGGUUGGAAUUCGCUGCUAAAAUAAUCAACACAAAAAAAUUAUCCGCCAGGGAUUUUCAAAAAUUAGAAAGGGAAGCGCGAAUUUGUAGGAAACUUCAACAUCCCAAUAUAGUGAGACUACAUGAUAGUAUACAAGAAGAGAAUUUCCAUUAUUUGGUCUUUGAUCUGGUAACUGGUGGUGAAUUAUUUGAAGAUAUCGUAGCAAGAGAGUUUUAUUCAGAAGCAGAUGCGUCUCACUGCAUUCAACAAAUUUUAGAAUCAGUAAACCAUUGCCAUCAAAAUGGUGUAGUACAUAGAGAUCUUAAGCCUGAAAAUCUCCUGUUAGCUAGCAAAGCCAAAGGUGCCGCAGUAAAAUUGGCCGACUUCGGUCUAGCGAUCGAGGUCCAGGGUGAACAGCAGGCAUGGUUCGGAUUCGCGGGCACUCCUGGCUACUUGUCACCGGAAGUGCUGAAAAAGGAACCGUAUGGAAAACCGGUCGACAUAUGGGCUUGCGGUGUCAUUUUGUAUAUUUUAUUGGUCGGUUACCCCCCGUUCUGGGACGAAGACCAACACCGACUGUACGCACAAAUUAAAGCAGGUGCAUACGAUUAUCCCAGUCCAGAAUGGGACACGGUCACGCCGGAAGCGAAAAACCUUAUUAAUCAAAUGUUAACGGUCAAUCCCGGCAAAAGGAUCACGGCUGCUGAAGCACUGAAACACCCAUGGAUCUGCCAAAGAGAACGUGUUGCUUCAGUUGUGCACAGACAAGAAACUGUGGACUGUCUCAAAAAAUUCAACGCCAGGCGCAAACUUAAGGGUGCCAUUCUUACUACCAUGUUGGCUACAAGAAAUUUUUCAAGUCGCAGUAUUAUCGUAAAGAAAGGCGAUGGAUCUCAAGUAAAGGAAUCCACCGACAGUUCAACCACGCUGGAAGACGACGAUAUCAAAGAGGAUAAGAAGGGGGGAGUCGACCGCAGUUCAACUGUUAUUGCCAAAGACCCGGAAGGCACCGGGACUCCCCCGCAAUCACCGAGAGUAGCAACAGCAUCAUCGUCCGGUUCGCCGUCUAGCUCUGUCGCGGCGCCUAGCCCUAGACCGAAUGCCCUUAAUCUAGGUCAAGCCUUAAUCCAAAAUGUUCAAGAUAUGGAUUUGUUGCACAAGACUGACAACAUUGAAAAAUGGGUUGAAACUACGAUUCCGUACGAUAGAUUGCCAAAUAGAGAAUCAGUAGAUACGAACGUGGAUUAUGAACAUUUUGACAUCUGCGAAAUUGAGAUGAAUGAUGAAAUACGGAUUGUGUGUCCCGAAAAGCCUUACUCACAACUAUCGACAAAUUCACAAAGUUCAGCAAGAAGACAAGAAAUUAUUAAGAUGACUGAGCAGCUCAUAGAAGCUAUAAAUACUGGAGAUUUUGAAGCUUACACGAAAAUAUGUGAUCCCCACUUGACAGCAUUUGAACCAGAAGCAAUGGGAAAUUUGGUAGAAGGCAUGGACUUUCAUAAAUUCUAUUUUGAUAACAUUCUAGGCAAGAACUGUAAAGCAGUGAACACGACGAUUCUGAAUCCUCACGUUCACCUAUUAGGAGAAGAUGCUGCCUGCAUCGCGUACGUGCGACUGACUCAAUAUAUGGAUAAGCAUGGUCAAGCACAUACUCAUCAGUCAGAAGAGAGUCGUGUUUGGCAUAAAAGGGACAACAAAUGGCAAAAUGUCCACUUCCACCGUAGCGGGGGCAAUGGAGGCGCAGCUUUCGGUUUUAGUUCUCAUAAAUAGAACAAUGUGCUUCACCAUUGAACAUGUUGCAGUUCAAUUCCAUAAAAAACUAUGAUUAUUGUGAAUUCUAUUUGUGGUGAUGUGUGAUUCUUAUGUUUUAGUUUUUAUAUUUCUAUACCAUCAUAUAUUGCCAACCUUUAUUCCAUAUAAUGGGGUGGAAUCUAUAAAUUACAUUUAAUUUUUUUAUGAUACAUAUACAAUAAAAUGAAUCACUAAUAACUAUGAUACGUAUAUAUAUAAAGGGAUAUCUAUUAAUAUGAAUUCCUUUACUCAGUGAUUCAUAUUCUUAUCAUUUCAAAACGUGGAAUUGAAAAAUAUCACAUACUGAUUUGUUCAUUAAUGCUGUUGUUAUUUAUUUAAACUUGUACAUUAUAUGGAAUAUUUCUAGAUUGCCUUCUUAUAACUAUAGCUUACAAGGUUGGCUAAAGUGGCCACUGUUUUUUAAGAAAAUGCAGUUUACUAAGCACACCAAAAAAGUAAAAUAGGUUAAACUUAAGUAUAUAGCCAAAAGAAAACAUAUUCAUUUAUUUUUUUCCGUUAAAUCUUUACCAAAUGUUUAACUAAUGUCUAAGAAUUAUCAGUGCGAAAAAAUGUUCUAUAUUUGUAAAUUAUUGCUUUGUUUCCUAUCAUAUUUAUAGCAAAAAUAUACCAAUGUGAUGUAAUUUCAAUAGCACCUUUUAUACACCAACUGUAUUCUUUAUGGGAAUAUAAAAAUUUAUUGUUUGAUUCAUUCAUAGAUGUUUAUAGCACCGUGUGUUUAUAGGAAUAUGACGUUUCACAGGUUGAAGCAGUCAUUCAUGUUUAUAUCUAUAUUAUAUAGCUAUAAACGUCCAUGAUUUCUUCAAACAUGUCUGUAUAUAAUAUCUAUGUCUGUUCUAUGGAACACCGUAAUUGUAUCCUUCUUUAGCAAAUCUUUUAUUUAAUGUAAUCAACUAUAUAACGUAAUCUAAUUAUAAUGUGUACUGUACUUAAUUGUAUAAUUUCAUCACGCACUGACAAAAUAAUUGUUAGAUAAAUUAAUUGCUCUUAUAGAGCAUCUAUAAAUAUUACGUUAAAGAAUAUUAUUAGCAAGUCGGACCUUUGUAAAUUAAGGUAACUUAAUUUUAUACAUAGGAUCUAUAGUAAUAGUUUACAAACAUUUAAUGAAAAUAAUCGCACUUUGCUUUAAAUAAAGUUUUUACUAGCAUUUAUAUCUUACAGGUUCAUUUGAUAUUUUACUACUUAUUCUCUUAAAAUUAUUUAUAAACUUUAAAAUGGUCAAAGCCACUAUAAUUAAUAACACCUUAAAUUUAAAUAUUUUGAAACUAAAAUGAAAUAUUAGUACAAUAUCAAAUAAAUCUGGAUAAAGAAUUGGAAAUUUACCAACUUCCAUUUGACUGUUAAUAAUAGAAGUACUAUUGACAUGUUUUAGCUCUCUUAAUAUUAUAAAUAUUUAAUAAAUAAUAUGUAAUCACUAAGUAUAUCUAAUUUAAAUACACACUAUUGGUAAUUUCAUUGAUUCGUUACACUUUUUCCUGGAAUGUUUAAAACAUGUAACGAAAACUCAAGAUAAUCAGAGCUAGAGAGCUUUUUUGUAACCAACGAUAUGUAACGAAGUCAUUUCAGAAAAAGGCUAGCGAAGAGCUUUUUUAAUGUACUGCUGCGUCAUUAUCGAAUUAAAAAAUAUUCACUUACGUGUUUAGAAUAGUUAUCCCUUUUUAGUGAAUUUGUAGUUAAAUUGUAUUAUUAAAGUCGUAACUAAAGUUGAAAAGAAACUUUAGGAUUAAUAUUUUUGGCCUAACAUAAUUGGUUUUGUUGAAUAUUUUAACUCUUUAUGGACACCCAGCAAUGUUUUAAAACUCUAGAAAUUGCAGUGCAAAUGAGACUUAAAUGUAUAUAAGAAAUACUAUCCUACUUGAAUUAUAUUGUCCAUAAAGAAAAAAUAGUUUUUAUAUAUAAAAUACUUGAAUGAAUUUGAUUUUUCAGUGUAUUAUAAUCAAUUUCAAGUAAUAAAAUUAAACUGUUAUUUAUACUUGUUUAUUGGUGUUUAAAUAUUUGCAUUUUAUUUUCGUAUUUUUUGAGUUUUGAAUAAUAAUAUGAGAAAAUUAUAUUUGAAAACAUUAAUUUAUAUGACUUCUUUAUUACACAUCGCAUAUCGUAAAUCAUUUUUUUACAAAGAUAACUUGUGUCUAUAAUGAGUGAUUUUUUAUAUAAAGCUGAAUUCCAAUGCUUAAACAAACUUUGUUCACUUGUUUUGUGUGAUCUUUGAGAAAAAUUUAGAUAAAACAACAGAAAGUGUGUUUUUGGCCAAUGUAACGAAUAUAUGUUGGGAACACAAUUUUUGAAGUUUGAUGUUAGUUUACUAUUUAUUUAAUUUUAUCACUGUCUAAUUUAUUAAAAACUUCCUCUCUUUAGUCUUGUUGCUUAAUUUGCUGAGUCUAAAGAUUGUAUUAAGUAAUUUUUAUAAAUAAUAUGAUAGGUACUCAUUAAAAUGCUCUCUGAAAAAUGUGUUUUCAUAUGUGUAAUUUAUGGAUUUUGGUUGCGAAUACAAUUAACAAAUGUAUGAGUGAAUUUCAAUAAUAUUAUUCUACAUUCGCAUGUAUUAUGCAAUGAAAGUAUAUUGUUGUAUUUUUAUCGUAAUUUUAGUAUAUAAUACAUACCAUUCUUCAAAUAUUGUAUUUCUUUUAAAUGUAUUAUAAGUACUGAAUGUAUGUACAUUCGUUAAUUAACAAAUUUUAAUGUUUUUGUGCAAUAUAAAUAAUAGUGUUUAAUGUUGUUUUAAUAUGUAAGUUCCAUAGUUGCUCAUAAUUAAUUUCAAUAUUAAUGUUUAACAAUAUCUUCCUUGUACAUAAUUCUUUGUUAUAACAUUUUCGAUUACAGAAAGCAAGAUGAUCUUUUAUAUUCGAUGUAGUGUAAUACGGUAACAAUAUAAUAAUCAUCCUGCUUGAUUUAAUCAAAAAUCCGACCUUUGUCAUACAGAUUAAACUCUCAUUGCCAGUAUAAUUUAAUUGUAUUUGAAUUAUGUUUUAUUUAUCGUUAUAAGUUUAAAUAACGUUAAUUCUAAUGUAUAUAAAAACUUAUUAAAUUUUUGCUUAUUCUA